GUUCGGUUCGUGCUUGUCCCGAUGCAUUGCAGGCACUCAUGUACACACAGGACACAUCGUCUCUCGCAUUCACCCACCAGCCCGCCAGUGAGUGCAGUGCGUCCAGGUCAUUCAUUCACGCAUCCCAGUGCGGGGUCAGUCUGUGGGGUCAGCAUGUCGGUCUGUCAGUGCGGGGUUAGUCUUUGGGGUCAGUCAGUCCCCACACCGACAGACCUACAUCCUGACCCCAAGAACACACCCCACAUAGACAGGCAGACCCCAUAAAGACAGACACCAAAUCGUUUUCCCCCCCAUUCAGUCAGUCCUUAACAAACAGCACCAUGUACACGAAACGACACGACACGACACACACGCUGUACACACGCUGUACAGACAGCCAAUCAGACAGACAGGGUUCGCCUCCUUCUGCCGCCGCGCAUCGGCCACCCAGCGAACGAAUCCCUUCCUUCCUUCCCCCCUGCCUUGCCUUGACCACCCUCUCAUCGGGCAGUCAGUCAGCCACAUCACAUCACCUCACCUCACUCGCAGCAUACGUGCCCGCGCCUCCGCAGCAGCUGCAGCACAGCAACAGUCGCAGUCACGUCCACCAAACACAGACAGGCACAAACAUUGCAAACUGUUCAUCGUGCUCUCCAUAAUGUAUGUCAGACGUCUCUCUCCGUUUUGUUGCUCUCUCUCUCACCUGCGGCAUUUUGUCUGGCGGUGGCGGCACAUCCCAUAAUUCCGGCACACAUGUGAUCUUCAGGCAGCCGGUGGCGCAGACACACCUUCUUGUCGCACUUGGGGCACGCCCACAUCGUGGCGAACGUCAACACCGUCCGGCACACCGCACACCGCGGCUUCUUCUGAACCGGCUGGCACUCAUGGGCAGCGAGUGCCUGCUGGGGAGUGAGGGAGUCGACAAGGGGAAGGGCGGUCCCACACUUGUCGCAAAGCACGACACGUUUGUCUUUGACAAGAUGUCGUGAGCAGGAGUGGUCGGUGAUGCACUGCCGGCAGAAUGCCGCCCCGCAGCCGUCACAGGUCCUCGUCAGGACGUCCUUCUGCCGGCAGUAGGGAUCCGAGCAGUGCUCACCUGUCGAGCGAACGGUCACACACACCAAACAUGACGGCGUGGCGGUACAGCUGGGCUACAUGGCUGGCUGCUGAGUUGAGUGUUUGUUGGCUCACCAAGAUCUGAGAACUCAGCCAUUCCUACAGUUGGUUCUUGUCUGCAGGUCAGCUGUCAGCGUCAGAGAUGGCGUAAUGGCUGUCCUUCGCCUCCUCUCACGACAGGAUGGAAACAGGUCGGCUGGUCGAAUGAGCAGAGAACGAGUGGAACGCCGCACGAGACGACGCGUAGGGUGUGUGGGGAGGCAGAGAGGAGGCAGGCUUUCGCCUUUCGUGCCCGAUUCUGUCAGCAAGUGCAAGUCGG